UGACGUCACACAACUGACAUUUUUCUCGUUUGCGAGCAGGUCAGUCCCACCAAACUCGUUGAACAACAAACUUAUGCCACGUCAGGACUUCCUUUCUAGCAAACCAACUGAUAUGACAGCUAUUUAGGGUUAACGGCACACAACCUUUAGUUCUCGGUGAGCUUUACCGAAUACAUUCCUUGCAUGUUUGCGACGGUUCAGACUGAUCAAAAGUCUGUGUUAUCGAGCUGCCUGCUACGUUAGGUUAGCUAGCUGCUACCGUUAGGCCAGCUGUCUUUCCUAAACACACGCUAGCUGCAUUUUGAUUGAAAUGGAGAACAAGUACAACCUCAAGAGCCCAGCUGUGAAGAGGUUGAUGAAGGAGGCAGCUGAACUGAGGGACCCCACAGAGCAUUAUCACGCCCAGCCACUGGAGGAUAACCUGUUUGAGUGGCACUUUUCUGUCCGAGGACCCCCGGACUCUGACUUUGAUGGAGGGGUUUACCACGGCAGGAUAGUCCUGCCCCCAGAGUACCCCAUGAAGCCCCCUAGCAUCAUCCUCCUCACUGCCAAUGGGAGAUUUGAGGUAGGGAAGAAGAUUUGUUUGAGCAUCUCUGGCCAUCACCCGGAGACAUGGCAGCCAUCUUGGAGCAUCAGAACAGCACUGAUAGCUAUAAUCGGAUUCAUGCCAACCAAAGGAGAGGGUGCGAUCGGAUCCCUUGAUUAUACCCCAGAGGAGAGGAGAACCCUGGCCAAAAAAUCCCAGGACUUCUGCUGUGAGACGUGUGGCUGUACCAUGCGCUCGGCCCUUCUUUGUCCCUCCCCCACUAAUCCCCGCCCAGACGACCAGGAGGACCAGGAGCUCGCGCAGCAGAUCAAUUUCAAGGCAGAGUCCAGGCAGGCCAGUGAGAGCACAGGGGCGGAGACUGAGAGCACUGGGGCGGAGACGGAGCCCCCCACUCACUCACGAGAAGAGACCUCCCCCCCGGUUGGAGGUCAGGUGGAGCAGGCGGAGCAGGCGGAGGCCCAGGCUGAGGCAGCUCCAGCGGCCAGUGAGGACCCGCCGUGCCCCCCGGCCCCCAGCGGCCGCCCUCUCAGCCCCCGCCAGCGGCGGACCCAGCGGCAGGGAGACCAGAGAGAGCCCGCCAGCAGAGCCACGUUCCCCGCCGACCCCCGACCCCCUCGGGAUGCCGGUCACACGGGCUCCGUGGUCCUCAUCGUGGUGCUGACCCUGCUCCUGGCCGCCCUCAUCUUCCGAAGGAUAUACCUGGCCAACGAGUACAAGUUCGAUUACGAGCUGUGAUGACACCUGGCCUGUCACCUCCCCCCGGGCCCCCCC